AUUAAUUGCAUUAUUUAACGGUUUAUUUAAACAAUGCCGCCCGUACUACACAUCUCUCGCUGCUUGCGGUAUCAUGCACCUCUCUGCCGAGCGAGUCGCCUGCUGCAUGGCAGCUACAGACAAUGGAGGCGCCUAUCCAACUGGCAGCCACUGCAGCCACCACGCAGCUCAUCGAUGCUGAUGCGUGUGCAGCUUUAUUCGCAGCGUAAUGCAAAUGUGUUUACGUUUAAUGGGAAUGCAAUGUUGCGUAAGCGCGUGAGCUUCACCACAUCCUUGGAGGACACCAAGCAGACUGUAGUGCCAGUGGGCGUUAUCACGCCAGAGACAAAAGACGGCAAGGAGCUGAAGAUUAUCAUAGUGCCGCUUGAUUUGGCCAAUCAGGAUGCAGAGGCUUUGAAGCAUACGCUGGAAUCUAUUAAUCAACUGCGUAAAUAUGCGUCGGAGAUUGAAGCAUUUACCAAUAGCAUGACCGAGGACUUUAGCAGCAAGGAUGCUGCAGCUGUGAGUGAAGAGAAGCAACUUGGCAAUGCACUGAUGCCCGAAGUGGAGGGCAUGAAUUUCUGGGAAAGCUAUGCGAUUUCGCGCGUUAAAGCGCCAGCCGCUGAGCCGCUAGAAGCAGCUGCCGCCACCGCUACUGCAGUAGCAACAGAAGCUACGCCCACAAUGCCCACAACACCCAACCCAGGCUCACCCAAUACGCCGUAUGUGCCAUUGCAGACGCCAUUACAGCCGAAUGUAAUACCCACAACAACGCCACCGCUGCAGCCCAGCACUAUGCCAUUUGGUGAUCCAAUGGUGCCGCAAAUAAAUGCCACCGCUGUGGUUAGCAAGAGCCUCAAUGAUGCUGACAUGGAGCAGAUUAUCAUUGAUGUGCCCAAGAGUCUGGGUGAGCAGUUGAAUGACAUGGCCAUUUCUUCGAUGCAGCUGUCUUUCGAAAUGGACAUGACCAAUGUGCGUGACGUCAUACUGCAUGGCGAGUCGGCACAAGUGCGCGAAGCUCCCAGCUUGUGCGACGAUCCAAUGGUGUGCCUGGAAACCAAAGUGGAGGUAGACUCGGCCCAUGAGAUAACAAACACAUUGCCCAUACGCUUCAAUGCACUGAUCAAGGGCACUGUUGAAAUAGAUGCCAACAAGCUGAAUCCAGAGCAGCUUAGCGAGGAGCAUCUGCCAGAGUACAAUGAUACGGUCACCUCCAUUGCAGCCAACAUUUGCAGCACUGCGCUGCAGCGAGGUUUUCCCACCGAUCUUAACGAAACUACAGCGACUACAGCUACAGCUCCAGAGUCCGCAGCUGCUGAAACUUUGGCAGCGGAGGCCAUUGCCAGUUACAAUAAAGCCAAGCUUACGGCCGAGAAGCGCAUUGCUAUGAAACGCCAUCAAGCUGAAAUGGCCAGUCAAAAGUUACAGUGGAUUACGCCUGAAUUUGAGGUGCGUGAAAUGGGCACGUUGUCGUUGCCGCAGGAGGUUGAAGUGCCAUAUUUGAAGGAUGGCUGCAAGUAUCCUAUCAUCAAGCCAAAGAAGAAGUGUCCCAAGAAAUGCCCCUUGGACGAUCCCUGCAAGGAGAAUCCUUGCAAGCGCCCGAAGAAGCCACAGAAGCCCAAGAAAGCAGCUUCGACUACUGAGAUUACGGCCAUGGCUGACAAGAAAGAUACUUGUGGAAAGGGCAAAGAUGCCAAAGGCAAGGAUGGCAAGGAUAAAAAGGACCCAUGCGCCAAAUUCAAAAAAGGCAAAGAUGGCAAGGAUGGCAAAAAGGAUCCUUGCGCCAAGGGCAAAGAUGGCAAGGAUGGCAAAGCUAAAAAGGAUCCCUGCGCCAAGUUUAAAAAGGGCAAAGAUGGCAAAGGCAAGAAAGAUCCCUGUGCCAAGAAGGAUGCCAAAAAGGAUCCCUGUGCCAAGAAGGAUGCCAAGAAGGAUCCUUGCGCCAAGGGUAAAGAUGGCAAGGAUGGCAAAGCUAAAAAGGAUCCCUGCGCCAAAUUCAAAAAGGGCAAAGAUGGCAAAGGCAAGAAAGAUCCCUGUGCCAAGAAGGAUGCCAAAAAGGAUCCCUGUGCCAAGAAGGAUGCCAAAAAGGAUCCCUGCAAAAAGAAGUUCUCAACAUACCCAGUAUCCAAAUUUUACACAUCCAAUGGAGCCACCUCCAGACGCUCGCUGUCUACCUCACUCAGUAGCGGCUUCGUGGAUCUAAAAUUAGAAAACCAAAAAUCACAUUUGUCGUAUAACCUAAAGCCGAGAUUUAUGGGCUAUUCGUCACUAGCGCGUUGCCUCAUAAACAAGCAGCGCAGCUCACCUGCUCGCUUCCCAGUCUACUCGACGCUUGUGCGUCGCCAUUACGGCGGCUUGCGCUCGAAGCAGGCGGGAGUAAAGCAGCCAUGUCCAGAGUUUAGUAUGGCAAAAUAUUAUAGCAAAGGUCCUGGCAAGUCGGAGGAUGGCAAGUGCAGUGUGCUUACCACGAAGAUGCCGGCUAAUCGCAAGGAAACAAAGAAGAGGGCUGAUGGCUUGCGAACAGAUUGUUUUGGCCUGGACGAGGAGUGCCCCAAGAAUCGCUGCACGGGCAACUGUGGGCCCAUCAAGAAGCCAGUAAAGAAGUGCGACAGAAGUAAGCAGAACAAAGGUAAAGAAAGAAAUGAACUGCUUAACAGGAGCUCAUUAAUGCUCAGCCAAAUGCGCAUGCAAAGCGAUUUGUCGCUUAGCAGAAAACGCUACAUGUCCCUCAUAAGCGAGAAGACGGCAACAGUGAGCGAACCUUUGGACUCUGUUGAAAGAGACACAGCCUGCACGCCCAUUGAGGUCGUCAGGAUACCGACUUCUUAUAAAAUAAGCAAGCACUGGAUGCCGCGUCCCGUUGUCAAGCAGUUUGACGUGCUUAUACGCACGGGCUCGGUGGCGCUCACUGGCUCCGAUAUACACGUAUACGAGAACGCCAAUCGUGAGCUGGACUCGAUGACGCUUGGUCACGAUGCCACCGGGUUCGUGGAGGAGAUUGGCAGCUGUGUGCAUCAUUUGCGUGUGGGUGAUCGCGUCGUUAUGGAAUCGGCGCUAUCCUGCGGCAUUUGUGAAUUCUGCAAACAAGGACUGUACAACAUAUGCUCCGACUUGGUUUACAACGGCUUCAUGGGCAGCCAUCAGUCGCAUCCAGCGGAUUUAUGCCAUCGCCUGCCCGACGACAUCUCCAUGGAGGUGGGCACGCUCACGCAGACGCUGGCGCUGGGCUGCCAGGCCUGCUUCAAGGCGAACAUAACGCCAACCAGCAAUGUGCUAAUCAUUGGCUCCAGUCCCACCGCCGUUUCGGCUGCCAUGUGCGCAACUGCGAUUGGAGCCAAGCGUGUGGCCAUUGCUAGCAACAUGAACGCCUCACUGGACACGAUCAAGCAGGACUUUAAUUUCAAUACCAUUAGCUUUGACGCAAAUGCUUUGUUCGGCGAAGUGCUAGAAUCAAUAUACACGCAAUUCAAGGAUUGGCCCAAUUGUGUCAUCAAUUGCGCCAUAACACCCAUGACCAUGAAUCUGGCUGUGAUGGCCUUGCAGCCUUGCAGUGUCUGCAUUCUGGCCGAGUGCGAGACCGAGUGUGCCAGCUUCAAUGCACUUGACGUACUUAUGAAGAACAUACGCCUCAUUCCCAGCUUUCGAUCCGCCAAUAUGUAUCCGACGGCGCUGCAGCUGAUGAAAUCCGGUCGAGCGCCCAUGCACAAGUUCAUAGCCCGAGCUUUUCCGUGGAGCGAGCUGGAGGAUGCGUUCCGGUGUGCACAGCAUGAGUCCAAUGUUGGCCUGCGCAAGGUAAUUGUCAACAACUGUGUGCAGAACGACAUUGGGGGAUUGAUAAAGAACAAAUUUCAAAAAUCAUUGCGAGAGCAAAAUGAAUAAUGUACAAAUUUUUUGUUAUUUAAGUAGCCGAGUAUGCUGUGGGCAAACAGAAAAUAGAAUAUUAAAAAAAUAUAUAUAUAA